AUGUACAAUGCCUCCGCAGGGCUUGCACCGCCGUCAAGCUUCGACGUACAGAGCAACGCUUUGGCACUUCAUCUUUGCGGCUUCGCGUUUGACAACGUGGUCUCGGUAGAUUCCGCCUCCAUUUUGUUAGACCACGCCUCGAAGACGCAGCCCUACGAACACGCACACUGCAGCAAGCUCGAGGCGCUCGUGACAACGGCUUCUGCGGACGUGUACUCGAGGUACAUCGACAUGCACGCUCGUACGUCGGAGCAGUCUCCGCAAACAGAUGCGAGUGGCCUAGACUUAGACUUGAGCUCUCAGAUGUUACUUGGCUCCUCCUUCUCCUCCUCCUCAUGGAGCAUGACUAUACUGAAGAUCCUGCCGGACUUGAAGGAGACGAUCGCGAAUCGUACGCUGUUCACGACUAGUCUCGGGUAUGUUGGCCUCGGGAGUGAUCGCAUGCGGGCGGGUGACAUGGUGUGCAUCAUUGCUGGCGCGCAGCUGCCGCUCGUGCUGCGAAGUGUGGAUGAUGCCGGUGAGAACGAGUUUGAGUAUUGUGGCGAGGCUUAUGUGCAUGGCGUGAUGGAUGGGGAAGCGGUCAAGGAUGAAAAGGCCAAUGGUAUGAGGUCAUUCGUGGUGCGCUGA